AUGGCAGAAACAGACCUAUGGCUCAAUUCAUCCCUUUCAGCCACACUUGUGCUCAUCAGCGGGGCCUUCGCGGGCCUCACUAUUGCGUUGAUGACUCAAGAUGAACUUUAUCUACAAGUGAUCGCAUUAUCCGGCGCAGCCGCCGAUCGGAAAAAUGCACAAGAGGUCAUCACACUUCUAUCACAAGGGAAGCAUUGGAUUCUUGUGACGCUUUUACUUGGGAACUGCAUUGCCAGUGAAGCUUUACCGGUCAUAUUAGACCAAAUUGUUGGUGGUGGGCUAUCGGCGGUAAUGGGGAGUAGUAUUCUGGUCGUCAUAUUCAGCGAAAUCAUACCGCAAUCCAUUUGUGCUCGUCACUCCCUCAACAUCGGCGCAUAUAUGGCGCCUUUUGUAUCAGUAUGCAUGCGUCUCCUUGCUCCGGUCACAUGGCCCAUUGGCAAAUUACUGGAUGUAUUUGUCGGCGAUAGCCACUCUACAGGCUACAAGAGGACGGAGCUGAUGACUCUGUUUUCUCUGCAUGAAACAAUUGGAAGGCCAGAGGACCGCAUCCGCUUCGACGAAGUGAAAAUGGUCCACGGAGCACUUGGGCUAGUGGAUAAGAUGGCGACGAGCAUCAUGACACCCAUAGACAACGUUUUCUGUCUUCCCGCAAACGCAAUAGUCGAUUCACAAACACUUCAGCGUAUCAAAGCUCGGGGGUACUCAAGAAUCCCCAUACACGCACCCGAUAACCGUACGGAUAUCAUAGGGUUACUUUCUGUCAAACAAUUACUCAAAUACAACGCAAAGUCUGGUCGGCGAGUUUACAACUUUGACUGGACCCCGAUUCCUGUCAUACAUGCCCAGACAACUUCUUUGAAUCUUCUAAAGAUUUUCCAGGAAAGGAAAUACGAACUUCUUCUCGUCGGCCGCAAAGAAAAGAAUCAGGUCCUCGGAAUCGUGACCCGGAAGGACGUGACGAACACAUUACUUAGUCGAAACAUUUCGAACCAACGCGACGAGGGCAAUGUGAGCGAAAAAGAGGGACGUAUAACUCUCCAGGAAGAGUCUCGCCACAUGCGUCGUACACCGGCCAUUAUCCAAAGGUUUCUUGAAAAGCCUCAAAUAAUUGCCGUAUCGGCUCCGGAAGGGGAACUCCUUCCUCUUUGGGUCAAAUCAAGCUUUCCUUCAAACUAUGGCUCUUUCGAUUAUUUCAACUCUGCAAGCAAGUGGAAGUAUAUUCGAAAUUAUAUUUCGGAUACAACGACUUGCCAAGAGAUAGAACUGGGUACCACAUAUGGAACCCGAUGA